CUCCCCUCCCUUCUGACCACCAUGUUCCUCUCCAGACUUGCGCCGCUCGUCAUCCUACCCUUUGCUGCUGCAGCGGCUGGUGUGCACAAGUUCAAGCUUCAUAAGCUUCCGCCUGUUUCCCAGGACUUCGCUUUCGAGUCCGCGCACCUCGCUGAGAAGUAUGGUGGCCAGGUGCCGAUGCUCGGUGCCGGUGGUGCCGGACGCAAUGUCCGCCUCUCACGUCCGACACCAGACGACGGUCUGUUUCGGACUCAGGAGGAGUUCACUAGUGGACAUACACUCCCACUGCAGAACUUUAUGAAUGCGCAGUAUUUCACUACGAUCGAGAUUGGAACGCCGCCCCAGAGCUUCAACGUCAUCCUUGACACUGGAUCGAGCAACCUCUGGGUACCCAGUACUCAAUGUACCUCCAUCGCUUGCUUCCUCCACAAGAAGUACGAUUCUGGUUCCUCGUCUACGUACAAGCCGAACGGCUCCGAAUUCUCUAUCCAGUAUGGCAGUGGAUCUAUGGAGGGCUUUGUCUCCCGGGAUGUCCUUACCAUGGGCGAUAUAACCAUCGGACAGCAGGACUUCGCCGAGGCUACGAAGGAGCCCGGUCUUGCCUUCGCCUUUGGCAAGUUCGAUGGUAUCCUUGGUCUUGCGUACGAUACCAUUGCCGUCAACCACAUUACGCCCCCGCACUAUAAUAUGUUUGAGAAGGGUCUCAUCGAAAAGCCUGUUUUCGCAUUCCGCCUUGGGUCUACUGAGGAAGAUGCUGGAGAGGCGACUUUCGGUGGUAUUGACGAGAGUGCGUUUGAAGGAAAGCUCCAUCGCGUUCCUGUUCGCCGCAAAGCCUACUGGGAAGUCGAGCUCGAGAAGGUGCGGCUCGGUGAUGACGAGCUCGAGCUCGAGGACACUGGCGCUGCCAUUGAUACCGGGACUUCGCUCAUUGCUCUUCCGACCGACAUGGCCGAGAUGAUCAACGCGCAGAUUGGCGCCAAGAGGGGCUGGAACGGCCAGUAUACUGUUGAAUGCAGCACCGUCCCCGACCUUCCCGCUCUCACUCUCUACUUCGACAGUAAACCGUACGUUCUCCAGGGUACCGAUUACAUCCUUGAGGUCCAAGGGACUUGCAUGUCCUCCUUCACUCCUCUCGAUAUGCCUAACGGUAUGAACCUCUGGAUCAUCGGCGACGUUUUCCUUCGCAAGUUCUACACCGUCUAUGAUUUCGGUGACGAUACUGUCGGUUUUGCUAAGGCCAAGUAGUCGUCCUUGUAUGGUUCCUAUAGUUCCAAUUAGUACUGCGUCCGUACUGCGUCCAUGUGGUGAUAGCUGUUUUGUGGAUGAUGCGGACAUUCGCGCAUAGUCAUCAGCGGUUUUAUCUCUGCUUUGUACCAACAUUACGUCAUCUCAAGAUUCACUGUCGCUCCGGAUAUCUUGCAAUUUGUCGUUUUAUUUCAUCAAUUCAGUGAUUUAAUUUGCA